CACACGAGUGUCGACACGAGCGGCUCCUACAGCCCCUCCCGUAAACACAUAAUGAGGAGCUGCAGCGGUGCGAUGCGUCUCCUCCGUUGGGCUCUCCUGCUGUCCUGCUACCUGGGCAGAGCGGGGGCCCGGGCGCCCCUGAGCCGGGGCGAGAGCGGCCUGUGGGCGGAGGCGGUCAAGAAGGGAAUCCUGGAAUCUCUGGGGAUGGACGGACCGCCGGCGUUCCGCGUGGAGCCUCCCCAGGAGGAGCUGAGGAGGAUGCACCUCCUGUACCAGAGGGAGGUUCAGGAGCUGCGGAGGAACCGCAGCCAGACCGCGGAGACCCAGCGCUCUGUCACCAGAACCUCCACAGUGCGGUUACCAGCGCAGGUCCAGUACCUUGGAAACCAGCAGUUCCGGGCCAUCUUCCACAAGACACAUCGCCUCAGGAAGGAGAUUACUCUGGUUCACGCCAAGCUGAAACUUCACAGACAUUUUCUGGACAAACACCCGCCUGGCCGGCCUGUAUCUCGGCAAGAGUUCCAAGUCAAAAUACAUCAGUCGACCAACAUGACUUCCCAGGAGCCAUUGCAGAAAGAUGGCCCUGUUUUGACCAAAGUCUUAGAUUCGAACGGCUUGACGCUUGAUAUUCACCCCACUGUGGAAAACUGGAGAGCAAGUACGGAGGAUGGCCUAGUGCUGGAAGUAGAGCUCGGUACGGGAAGAGAGGGAGUGAUUUAUCCGGAGGGCGUUCCCGAGCUGGUUCUGGAAAUGGAAGUGGCCGAACGCCGAACGUCGGGAAAGCGGAGGAAACGCAGACGGGCGGCGGUCAGGGAGGACUGCGAGGGGGAGGACAGGUGCUGCCGAAAGUCCCGGAGCGUCUCCUUCAAGGACGUGGGCUGGUCCGACUGGGUGGUGGCGCCCGAGGGCUACACCAUGCACUUCUGCGACGGCGCGUGUCCCAGUAACUACCGGCCGGCCAGCAUGCACACGCAGGUGAAGUCCAGGCUGCACCGCCUGACGAAGGGAGCCACUCCGCGGCCCUGCUGCGUGCCGGCCUCCUACGAGCCCAUGGUGCUCCUGCACUACGACAGCCAGGGGGCGCUGACGCUCACCGCGUUCAACGACAUGAUCGUCAGCCGCUGCCACUGCGCCUGAGUCCCGCGCCGUCAGUCGGCCAGGACAAAAACGCGGCGCGCAACUCGCGGCAAAACAAGGGGGCCGUUUCCUUUACGCCGGAAAGGACUGAAAACACUUGGGUAACAUGGGUAUACAUUAUGAGUAGCCUUGAACCUGGACCCUGAGUGAAAUGACGCACGGGGGAAAAGCGGCUUGUGAACUUACUUUGUUGGCAAGGUAAUGCUCACGUCAUUGCGUACAGUGGUGCUGUACCUCAGAGUGCUUUCUUUAUGUGUGAAAGGGUAUUUUCCCAAGGCAGAUAACUAAACCUGAAUUUACUUUAUUUGAAUAAUAACUACAGCAGUGAAUAAGAAAGUAAACCCAAAAUUUGUAUUUUGCUUUAUUCUUUUAAAUACAGCAAACAUGAAAUGUAACUAUUAUUAUUUCAUAAGUUAUUGGAUAUUUAUUGAGAAGUG